UUUUGGCCAAUUUCAGAUCAAUUAGUUUGCAGAUCGUAUAGGACUAGAGUCACCGGAGCAAGACCGGUUGAAGAACAAUAAUCAUACCAGUUUGAUCUCUUCAAUUCAGAACUCCGAUCGACAGAUAAUCAUGUACCAUUGGGUUCGAGGCGCGUCAUCUGAUUUCAGUGGAAUUCCUCCACAACCGCGAAGUGGCCAUACUGCGGUAAAUAUUGGCAAGUCGAAGGUUGUCGUCUUCGGUGGUCUUCGCGAUAAGACUUUUCUCAAGGACACUAUAGUUUAUGAUAUCGAUAACAAACUGUGGUUUGAGCCAGAAUGCACUGGCAAUGGGUCAGAUGGGGAAGUGGGUCCAUGUCCUCGAGCAUUUCAUGUAGCUGUGGCCAUUGACUGUCAUAUGUUUAUCUUUGGAGGGCGUGCUGGUAGUAAAAGGCUAGGUGACUUCUGGGUCCUAGAUACAGACAUAUGGCAAUGGUCAGAGCUUACUAGCUUUGGUGACUUACCUUCACCGCGGGAUUUUGUUGCAGCCUCAGCUAUAGGAAAUCGAAAAAUUGUGAUGUAUGGUGGUUGGGAUGGUAAAAAAUGGAUGUCAGAUGUCUACGUCUUGGAUACUAUAUCACUUGAGUGGACAGAGUUAUCAGUUUCUGGACUGUUGCCACCUCCCAGAUGUGGUCAUAGUGCUACAAUGCUGGAGAAACGAUUGCUGGUGUUUGGGGGUAGAGGAGGUGGAGGACCUAUUAUGAGCGAUUUGUGGGCAUUGAAGGGUCUCAUUGAGGAAGAAAAUGAAGCACCUGGAUGGACUCAAUUGAAGCUCCCAGGACAAUCUCCUUCACCUCGCUGCGGGCACACUGUUACUUCAGGAGGGCACAAUCUUUUGGUUUUUGGGGGGCAUGGAACAGGUGGAUGGUUGAGUCGCUAUGACAUUUAUCACAAUGACUGCAUUGUUUUGGACAGGGUAUCUGUACAGUGGAAGCGCCUUAGUACCAACAAUGAACCUCCUGCUGCAAGGGCAUACCAUACUCUAACAUGUAUUGGUUCUCGUUAUAUGUUAAUUGGUGGAUUCGAUGGAAAAACAACAUUUGAUGAUAUCUGGUGGUUAGUUCCUGAAGAUGACCCUAUUGCAAGGCGGUUGACUCCAACUUCACCACAGAAUACUAAUGACACUAUGGAUGCUUUUGGUGAAAAGGAAGUCCAAUCAGAACUCUCUGCAGUUUCAGAUUUGGCAAAGAAGCUGGAGAUAUCUAUUUCCCCUUCUGGACCUAACCUUCUUAUUGUAGAUGAAAUGGAAGAUGCAGAGUUUCUUGACCUAGCGACACAGGUUAUUUGUGGAAAUGGUACUAAUGACAUGCAAAUCUUGAAAGCCCAGGCUGUGCAAAAACUCCGCGAUCAUUGGAAGAAAUCAUCACCAAGGUCAAUAAGGCUGAAAGAGCUGGGCCCUUUGCUUCGUGAUUACCAACGCUUGAUUGAACGACAUCAUUUGAAAAACGUUGGUCUUAAUUUGCAACCUGUUGAUUCCAAAUUUCCCAGAAUGGAGGUCUACCAUUUCUAUCAUGUUAAAUCAGCUGCGCAGUUACGCAUGGAUGACAUUCCCAAGUUGUUGGCAGAGUACAAACAACUUCCAUCUUACUAAAUAAAGGAUCUCAAUUUGCCUUUCUUGUUUAUUCACUUUCAUUUUUUAUUUUUUUAAUAUGUUAAGAACAGCUUCAAAAGAAUAGUGACAAACAAUCAAGCAUGUAUGUGACUUUUGUAAUGUUAAUGUAAUGUAAUGACCCAAAGACUAGAUGAUUAGAUUGUGGUGAAUUUCUCUUAAUAUUUUAACCAGAAAGUUAUUAAAAAUU